AUGGCCUGUGAGAGUAAACCCGUGAGUAAGGAGUCUUUUCUUGUGACACCUAGCGAGGUGAAACAUGCCUUGAUCACAAGACAGCCCUUUGUUCUACUCAUUUUCAAAAAUUCUUUGGCUAGCCAUACUAACCCUGAGACGGUUUUACCGAGCAAAAUUUCUAAUGUCUUGCAGGAAUUUGCCGAUGUUUUCCCGGAAGAAGACUCAGGCGGUUUACCACCCAUCAGAGGGAUCAAGCACCAAAUCGACUUCGUGCCUGGUGCUUCACUUCCAAACCGGCCCGCCUAUCGUACCAAUCCAGUCGAAACCAAGGAGCUACAACGGCAAGUCGAUAAACUCAUGUCCAAGGGAUACAUCCGUGGGAGCAUUAGUCCAUGCGCCGUGCCUGUGUUACUAGUAUCCAAGAAGGACGGGACGUCGAGGAUGUGCGUCUAUUGCAGAACCAUCAACAACAUCACGGUUAAGUAUCGCCAUCCUAUCCCUAGGCUAGAUGACAUGUUAGAUGAGCUUCAUGGUUUUGUGGUGAGCUCACAGGAAAUACAGGUUGAAGAGGAGAAAAUCAAAGCUAUUCAGGAUUGGCCAAGUCUUAAGACCGUAGGAGAGGUCCGGAGCUUUCACGGCCUAGCAGGAUUUUACCGACGCUUUGUUCGGGACUUUAGCACCAUAGCCGCACCUUUAACCAAAAUCAGUAUUGGAGCCGUGCUGAUGCAGGAAAAUAAAUCCGUAGCAUUCUUCAGUGAGAAGUUGGGAGGAGCUACGCUUAACUAUCCGAUGUAUGACAAGGAGUUGUAUGCUUUGGUCUGUGCUUUACAAACCUGGCAGCACUACCUUUGGCCCAAAGAGUUCGUGAUCCACAUGGAUCAGUAG